GCCUUCCAGCCCCUGAAGGCAUCUGGAUGGAGGUCUCUGGCUUCCCUCAUCCCAAAUCUAGUUCUCUUCCUUGAGCCCAAAGCCUAACAAAUGACUGUUCCCCAGCCCAAGAGUUAAUCUGUAAAUCAGAACAGGAAAGUCUUGCUUGACCAACUCCUCUCUUGAGUCUUGGCAGGAUGCUAUUCUUCACCAGUCCUGUGUCCUGUGUCUGUCUGCUCAACACUUGUCUUCUAACAGGCAGCUCCUUCUGGUCCCUGACCGGAGCUCUCUGCGGCCAGCGGCCACCGUGGAUGCCCGGGAGUGCGGGCGGACCAGCCAGAUGAGUGGGGAGUGGGUGCGCCCGGGCCAGACCCUGAUCUGGGCUGUCUGGGUCCUUGCAGCUGCCACUGAGGGGCCCGCUGGAGAAGCCCCGGUGAGGAACACCAGGCUGGGAUGGGUCCGGGGGAAGCAAGCCGCCGUGCUGGGAAGCGCCAUGCCUGUGAACGUGUUCCUCGGAGUCCCCUUUGCGGCGCCCCCUCUGGGACCCCUGCGAUUUGCGAACCCAGAGCCCAUGUUACCCUGGAAUGGCUUCCGAGACGCCACUUUGUACCCUAAAAUGUGCCUGCAGAACUCAGAUUGGCUGCCCUCAUAUGAACACAUUCUCAGGGUGCAUUUCCCCAAUUCGGGAGUGUCGGAAGACUGCCUGUACCUUAACAUCUACGCCCCAGCUCAUGCGGACACCGGUGCCAAGCUCCCCGUCAUGGUGUGGCUCCCUGGGGGCGCCUUCCAGACUGGCUCAGCCUCCAUGUUCGAUGGGUCCGCCCUGGCUGCCUACGAGGACGUGCUGGUUGUGACGACCCAGUACCGGCUAGGAAUGUUUGGCUUCUUCAACACGGGGGACCAGCAUGCUCUGGGGAACUGGGCCUUCAUGGACCAGCUGGCCGCCCUCACCUGGGUCCAGGAGAACAUUGAGUUCUUUGGCGGGGACCCACGCUCCGUGACCAUCUUCGGCGAGUCAGCGGGGGCCAUCAGCGUGUCCAGCCUUGUCCUGUCCCCACUGGCCAAUGAGCUGUUCCACAAAGCUAUCAUGCAGAGCGGGGUGGCCAUCAUCCCUUUCCUUCAGGCCCCCGAUGAAGAGAGAGACAAGGAUCUGCAGAUGAUCGCGGACACCUGCGGCUGCGAGGCGGCGGACUCCCAGGCCCUGCUGCGGUGCCUGCGGGCAAAGCCCUCGGAGGAGCUACUGAACAUCAGUGAGAAAACCAAGUCUUUCACCAGAGUGGUUGAUGGUUUCUUCUUUCCCGACGAGGCUCUAGAGCUAUUGAUCCAAAAAACAUUUAAUUCUGUUCCUGCUAUCAUCGGAGUCAAUAACCACGAGUGUGGCUUCCUGCUGCCGGUGAAUGAGUUCCCCGAGGUCCUCAGGGGCUCCAACAAGUCCGUCAUCCUGCGCAUGUUACACACGGCUCUGAACAUCCCCACCCAGUAUUUAUCCUUCGUGGCUGACGAAUACUUCCCAGACGAGCUAUCCCUGUUUGAACUGCGGAACAGUUUCCUGGACUUGCUUGGAGACGUGUUCUUCGUGGUCCCUGGGCUGGUCACUGCUCGGUAUCACAGAGAUGCUGGCGCACCUGUGUACUUCUACGAGUUCCAGCACCGGCCCCACUGCCUCCGGGACCGGAAGCCGGCCUUCGUCAGGGCCGACCACACUGAUGAAAUCCGCUUCGUCUUCGGAGGCGCCUUCCUGAAGGGCGACGUCGUCAUGUUCGAAGGAGCCACGGAGGAGGAGGCGUCGCUGAGCAGGAAGAUGAUGAGAUACUGGGCCAACUUCGCUCGGACUGGGGACCCGAACGGGGAAGGCCUGCCCCUGUGGCCGGCCUACAGCCAGAAGGAGCAGUACCUGCAGCUGGACUUGAACCUGAGCGUGGGACAGAGGCUGAAAGCGCGGAAGGUGGAGUUUUGGACGGAGACCCUCCCCCUGGUGAUGUCUACUUCCGGAGGGCACCUUGGCCCUCCGUCCUCCUUACUCUUCUUUUCUCUGCUCCUGCCUUUCUUGUUCCCUCUUGCUUGCUGAGCAGUUAUCUUUGUGUGACUUUGGUUUCCCUUCUACUACGGUUCCUCCUGCCAUCGCUGGCUACAUUCUGUGUUCAGCUGCUUUGUGGAAUCAGCUGCUUUAGCCGAUCCUUAGGGAAUUCUUUUCAACAUCGGGAAAAAUGCCAUUUGCCUUGCAAAUGUCUCCACUCUAUCUGCAGGAAGGAGCCUUUGUGUUGGCAUAAUACUGAUCUGGCAAUGCAUGUGGAAUAAAAGCAGAAUGUUUAAUAGGUA